AUUACAGUUAUGUUGUUAAAGGCAAUGCUCAUUUGAGUCCCUGUCUGCUUUUGAGUCCUAAACAUUGCAUCAAAACUGGAUUCACAACUUUAUGGACUAUGGUUUGGAGAUGAUGGAGGACAGGGGUCCACGUGUUGCCGACUACUUUGUAGUGUCUGGCCUGAGCAGUAACUCCACCCCUUUGGGUCAAGAGGUCAUUUUUGAUGAUGCGUGUCAUAAAGCAGCUCAGGCCAAACAGCCAAUCACAGAUGUGACUGUGGUGAUGCGAUCAAUAGGUGAAGAUGUUCCAGUAGGGUACACAUGUGUAGAGACAACGCCCACAGGCUUCUCUGCCAAUCUGAACAACGGGAGCUUGAUGGCCCCAGAGUUUUACAUAUGCUACAGACGCGGACAAGAUAAACCCCCUCUCACAGACCUGGGAGUUAUUUAUGAAUGGAAAGAGAGAAUUAAGCAAGGAUAUCAUGUUAUCCAGAGAACACCAUACGGUCGCCCUGCCAACCUGAGUGGCACGUCUUCUCAAUGCAUCUACAUCACCUACCAGCGAGCGACCAGCAGCCGUAACUCACGAGCCGUCACAGGCAUCUGUAUCAUUACACCAGGAAAAGGAGAAACACCACCACAUACAUUCUGCAAAGUAAACAGGAACCUCAGCAGCAGCAUGUGGGGUCCAGCUGUAUAUCUGUGUGUCAAGAAGUCUGUGAUUAAAACCAACUCCAUUGCUUAUAAAGCAGAGUUGCUCAGUCGCUAUCCUGAAGAUGACUACACGUCAUUUCCCCUGCCUGAGUCUGUCCCGAUGUUCUGUCUGCCGAUGGGCGUCACUGUUGAGCGCUGGUCGCCGCAUGUCAAGUACUCCCUCCCCACCUUCUCAACGUUCGUUCUGACCGGAGCAUCCGGAGACAAGGUAUAUGGUGCAGCAUUGCAGUUUUUUGAGGCUUAUCCAGAAGAACAUUUAACAGACAUGCAAAGAAAACAGCUUCAAACGAUGGAGUCCAAAGUCACGCAAACGACUAAAUCGUCCUGCACUAUCAGCACAUGCGCCACAGGGACCUCAGAAGUCAUGCACACUAAUAAGUGCAUCUGUGUCCUCUCGCACUGGCCUUUCUUUGAUGUCUUUAAGAAGUUUCUCACCUUCCUUUACCGCUAUUCCAUAUCUGGCCCUCAUGCUCUGCCUAUAGAAAAACACAUUUCCCACUUUUUGCACAAAGUUCCUUUCCCUACCGCCCAAAGACCUCGGAUUCUAAUUCAGCUUUCCCCUCAUGAUAGUUUGCUUCUGAGUCAGCCAAUGUCGUCUCCUCUUCCUCUAAGUGGCGGCCGGUUCUUGACUCUCCUGAAACACUUGGGUCCUGAGAAUGCCGUGACUCUGCUGGUGUUGGCGGUGACCGAACACAAGCUAGUGAUGCACUCUUCACAGGCAGCUGUACUAACGAGUGUCGCAGAGGCGCUGUUGUCCAUGAUUUUCCCGCUCCACUGGCAGUGCCCGUAUAUCCCUCUGUGCCCGCUGCCACUGGCUGGUGUACUCAGUGCGCCCUGCCCAUUCAUUGUGGGUGUUGACUCCCAAUAUUUUGAUAUCUAUGAACCUCCAGCAGAUGUCAUUUGUGUGGACUUGGACUCAAACAAUAUCUUCCGUACAGAUGACACGAGAGCUCUGACAUGGAAGAUCCUUCCAAAGAAGUCCUGCAAAAACCUGCUGAAUGCCCUCAAAGACCUUCAUGCGGAGGUAUCUGAAGGGCCCAGAGAUGACGCUGUGGUGGAUUUAUCCAUGUUGGAUUUUGAACUCAGCAGUGGACGGAGUGUGCUGACAGUGGAACUAGCGAUUCAGGAGGCGUUUCUGCGCUUCAUGGCUGAUAUUUUAAAGGGUUAUCGAAACUAUCUCCAGCCCAUCACCAAAAUCCCUUCAGCUAAAACCACAGAUGCCCGAUCACUGUUUGACCUACAGGGGUUUGUGAGGCAUCGGGACUCCUCUAAUCAAACAUUUUACUCUCUAAUGACAGAAACGCAGAUGUUUAUGCAGUUCAUCGAGGAACGCUCAUUUGUCAGUGAUAAAGAUGCCAGUCUGGCUUUCUUUGAUGAGUGUGUUGAGAAGAUGGAAGGAAGCCAGAAUGACGAAAGCAGACUGAUUGAACCGAACACAUCUCAUUGCAGUGAACACACAGUAUUUGUCACCCCACCUGAAUUACCUGCAUUACCUGAGGGGGAGGAGCAUCCGCUGUGCUACAGGUACAGUGUGUUUCCUCUGUUAACAAACGAACUGUUUGAUCAUGUGGUCAAGUUUCCAACCAGCACUAAACAACCAGCCAUCCCACAGAGCGGCACAUCUAACCCCGAUCCCACAUUCAGACGGACAAAACAGGAGAUCAAGUCAGCACAGAAGAUCGCUCAGAAACAUUGGUCUGUUCCUCAGCUCUGGUCCAGGUGUCUUCUGAGAUGCUCUUAUGGUCUCUGGUUUAUUUGUCUGCCAGCGUACGUCAAAGGGUGCCAUUCAAAAUCACGAGCGCUGCACGCUGCAUAUGAUGUACUGAGAAAGAUGCGGAGAAAAACACGGCAGGAGCCAGAUGAGGUGUGUUACCGUAUUGUAAUGCAGUUAUGUGGGGAGUACGGUCAGCCAGUUUUAGCAGUCAGGGUGCUGUCUGAGAUGAGAAAGGCUGGAGUUCAGCCAAAUGCCAUCACGUAUGGAUAUUACAACAAGGCAGUGUUGGAGAAUUCCUGGCCAUCCAGCACAAGAGGAGGAUAUUUCCUUUGGAUAAAGCUGAGAAACGUUAUAAUGGCAAUUGCUCAGUUUAAAAGGGCCCUGAAGAAACAGCAAACCUUUGUGACACACACCCCUUCAUCAGAGACUGACGACAUCAACAGCAGCAGUGAUUUUAGGCUCUCCACAGCCGACACCAUUUCCUCCUCACCUCACCUUGGAAUUUUCCGUAGCAACUGUUCCCAUGAGAGUCGAGGUUUAGAUCAUGAAGCAGGACUGUUGUUCUCUUCCUCAUUGGAAGAGAUUGGUGUGGUACAAAGAAAUAGCAGCUCUCAUAGAUGCCACAAGUCACGAGAUGGUUCUGUAGGCUGGCCCGGUGGUCAACGUGAUUGUUAUGGCACAUCUGAGCUGGAUUUGGGCUCACAAAUUUGUAUUGGGAGACCCAAGACACAAGACAUAAACACACUUGGCAAGUUUUCACCUUCCUGGAGUCAAGACAUGACCUCAGGCAACAAGGAAACGAGAGUGUCUGGUCCUGACACAAUGCCCAUCUUUGCUUUUGAGGACUUGGAAUUGGAGGCAGAGAACACAGAUGAUAAAAAUGCACCAAUUAUGUCAAAUGACAACAGAAGUGUUGGAGCCAGUCGUCUGUCCAGAAGAAUGGGAGUUAAAAUAGGUUUUGAUCCCCUUUCUCUGCUGGUUUCAGAGUUUGAGGAAGAAGAAUCCUUGGAUCAGGACACCAACUGCACUCCCACUGCUAGUCGCCAUCUGGCAGAAGAAAUCGAGAUGUAUAUGAAGUACUCUUGCAGUCCACGUAGCAGUCGAGCCCCAAGCAUGGACCUUGCAAUGUCUUCAAACUAUUUCCCUGCUGGCCUUGUCUCUGGUGUACCUGAAAGUUCUGCAUCAAUGGCUGGUGCCUUACCUUCUCAAACCACACAUUACCAAUCUUCAUCCAUCCCAUGGGAGAUGGCAAAAGAGACUUCCAGUUUGUUCCUGGUUUCAACCUCUCCCUACUCGUCCUUUGGAAUAGAUUCUCUUCUUCCACCAUCACUGGAUGUUCUCAAGACUAGUGUGAUGUCUGCUGGAAAAGGUGUGGCUGAGAAAGCCAGUCGCUUGUACUCACACUUUGCCACUCCGUCCAAAGAUAGCCAUUCAGACAAACUGUUUUCAACUGAGAAAGACAAUUAUGCAUCUCUACAAGGGGAAGGGGUGUUUUCAUUCAAUGAAGGACAUUGUACGAUUCCACCAACCACUGAAUGUGAGCAGUACUUUGAUAAAUCAAUGAAACAGCUCAACUCAACACAACAAUCGGCAUUCUCAUGCUGUAUUUAUGCACCUCAGGACUGCUCCUUCACAGGCAAAUCUGGAACAGAUUCCUCUCAGUAUGCAAACAAAGACACAGUCCAGAACUAUGCAAUGGAGAUCCUGAUAUCGAGCUGCUCACGGUGUAAGACAUGUGAAUGUGUUGUAUAUGAUGAGGAGAUCAUGGCGGGCUGGACAGCAGAUGAUUCUAAUCUGAACUCGACCUGUCCGUUCUGCGGAAACCCAUUCCUACCAUUCCUGAACGUGGAGAUAAGGGACCUCCGGGAGCCCGGAAGUUUAUUUCUGAAAAGUAGUCCAUCAGAGAAUUUGAUGUCAACCUCAUCGGACCAGUCAAUACCCUGUUCAGCAUCAUCACUUCAUGACAAAUACAGAAGUUCUUACUCACAGUCACCAGGUGUGAAGAUUCCUUCAAAACAGGUCACUUUGUGUUCGGAGGAAACACUGGUACACAGCAUCCAGUCCUUUGGGUCUUUGGAGGAAUCUUCUAGAUCUGUCCAGUGCGCUAGUUCUUCGAUCCCAUCGUCAAGAUGCCCCAAAGAUGCUCUGAAUGCUCUGAGCAUGUCCUGGCGCUUGCAUCAUCCAGAGCCAGUAACGGUGCCAUACCUGAGUCCGAUGGUGUUGUGGAAGGAACUGGAGAGCCUGCUAGAGAAUGAAGGCAAUGGCAUCAUCUGUCACUCCACUGUGGUGGACAAUCACCCAAUCAUCUUCUGGAACCUUCUGUGGUACUUCACGCGAAUCGGCCUGCCAAGCAAUCUGCCUGGUCUCAUUCUUACGUCAGAACACUGCAACAGAGGAUCACAGGUUCCACGCCAUUGGAUGUCUGAGGACAGCAAAUAUAUUCGAGUGCAGCUUCUAUGGGACAACCUUAAACUGCACAAAGACCAAGCCCAACCUUUAUAUAUUCUCUGGAAUACACACAGUCUUAGUUACCCAGUUUCUCGAGGUGUGUAUAGACGAGACGGUGUGUUCAAUGAGGAUCUGCUGCAGACAGUGAUCGAAAGCAUUGAGAAGGAUGAUGUUUAUACCCCUGUUUGCCAGCUGCUACAGCUGUUAUCAUACUCAUCCGGAGCUCACAGAAAGAGAAGUUUAUACAGAGAUAUUCUCUUUCUGUGUAGAGUUGCACUCGGUGAAGAAAACAUAGAUAUUGAUGUCUUUGAUCGAGAGUAUCAAUCAGCAUACGACCGCCUGAAUCCUUCACAAAUCAAACUCACUCAGAAUUGUGACCGGCCGCCGAGCACUGCUAUUAAAGAGUGCAGGAAGACUUUUGGAGAGCCUUACCUAAGACUAUAAACUUUAUCUGCUACUUUUUCUCAAUGAUUUUGAUUAUAAAGGGUUUUUAGAACUUAUGAGAAAUAUAAGAUCUGUGGUAAACAUUACUUGACGAUAUGUGGAUGUUUACACAGUCAUACCUCAAACAUGAAUUUUGAAGCUGUAUUGAAUUACAUAGUUAAAAAAAAACAUUUGAGGGACAGUGGCAAGAAAAAGUAUGUGAACCCUCUGGAAUCAGCUGGUUUUCUGCAUGAAUUGGUCAUGAAAUGCGAUCGCAUCUUAAAUAAAGUCACAAGGAUAGACAAACACAAUGCGCUUAAGCUAACAACACACAAACAAUUUUAAUCUUUCAUGUCUUUAUUGAACACAUCCCGUUAAACAUUCACAGUGCUGUGGAAAAAGUAAGUGAACCCCUAUGAUAAAGUAGAAUUAGAGUCAGGAGUUGACAAACCUGGCAUUCAAUUAAUGAAACGAGAUCGGAGGUGCAGACUAAAGCUACUUUGACUUAUAAAAAGCACUGAAACAUUUUUUGUUUGCUAUUCAGAAGAAGCAUCUGCUGGUGUGGACCAUUCCGCGCUGAGAUAUUCAUCUGUCCACAGUUAGACAAACUGUCUAUAAAUGGAGAUGAUUUAGUACUAUAGGUACUCUCUCUAGAAGUGGCCGUCCAGCCAAGAUGACUCAAAGGACACACCACAGAAUGCUCAAUGAGGUGAAAAAGAACCCUAGAGUGACAGAUAAAGACUUGAAGGAAUCAUAUGAACUGGUUAACUAUUCUGUUCAUGGGUAGACUAUAUGGAAAUCAUUAAACUAGCAUGGUGUGCAUGGCAGGACACCAUGAAGGAAGCCGCUGCUUUCCAACAAAAACAUUGCUGCUGCCUAAAGUUUGCCAAAGACCACCUUGACACUCCACAAUGCUACUGGGAAAAUGUUCUAUGAACUGAUGAAUUACGUUGAAUUGUUUGGGAAGAACACGCAGUACUAUGUAUGACAUCAAAAGGACACCACAUAACAAUAUAAAAACAUCAUCUCAACAGUGAAGUAUGGUGGUGGGAGCAUCAUGAUUUGAGUCUAAACCGCUUGUCAUCAUCAAGGGAAAAAUGAAUUCCCAAGUCAUAUCAAGAUGUCAUACAGGAUAUUUCCAGGGUGUCUAUGCACCAGCUGAAGCUCAGAAGUUGGGUGAUGUAGCAGGACAAUGAGCCUAAACUAUAAGGUAAAUCAUUUACAUUUACCCAACGCUUUUAUCCAAAGUGACUUACAGUGCAAUUAUUACAGGGACAAACCCCCCGGAGCAACCUGGAGUUAAGUGUUUUACUCAAGGACACAAUGGUGGUGGCUGUGGGGUUUGAACCAGCAACCUUGCUGAUUAACCUUGCUGAUUAACAGACCUGUGCUUUGGCCACUACACCACCACCACUCAGGCGUUCACACCAGACAUGCUAAGUAUAUGGCUGAGCUGAAGCAGUUUUGUAAGGAAUGGUCCAGAAUUGCUUCUGAACUUUGUGCAAGUCUGAUCCGCAUCUUCCAGAAAUAAUUAUAAUAAUAAUAAUUCCUUACAUUUAUAUAGCGCUUUUCUAGGCACUCAAAGCGCUUUACAUAGCAUAGGGAUGAUGCGACGGCAGCCAUAGUGCGUCCGAAUGCCCACAACACACCAGCUAUUGGUGGAGAGGAGAGAGUAGAGUGAUGUAGCCAAUUCAGGGAUGGAGAUUACUAUGAGGUCAUGAUAGAUAGGGGAAUUAAUAUGAGGCCAAUGGGGGGAAUUUGGCCAGGACACAGGGGUUACACCCCGGUGGGAUUUUUAAUGACCACAGAGAGUCAGGACCUCAGUUUAACAUCCCAUCCGAAGGACAGUGCCUUUUUACAGUAUAGUGUCCCUGUCACUAUACUGGGGCAUUAGGACCCACACAGACUAUAGGGUGAGCAUCCCCUGCUGGCCUCCCUAAUACCACUUCCAGCAGCAACCUUGGUUUCCCCCAGGAGCUCUCCCAUCCAGGUACUGGCCAAGCUCAACCCUGCUUAGCUUUAGUGGGCAACCAGGCAAGAGCUGCAGGGUGAUAUGGCUGCCUAAAAUGCUUGAUUGAGGUUAUUGCUGUCAAAGGCGGAUCGACCAGUUAUUUAAUCCAAGGGUUCACUUACUUUUUACACAGCACUGUGAAUUUGUAAUGGGAUGUGUUCAAU